AUGGCGUUCAUGAAUGAUGAUUGUAGUCACACUACAUCUUCGAAUGGAGACUCAAAAUCGUCUGAUAGCUUGAAUGUGAAAUUACUCUCAUGUGGGAGAGUGGAAAAUAUGCCAUCAACCGCAAGAGAAAAUCAUAUCCAGACUUCAAUGGAUGAAGCCCAAAGUGCUGAUUGUGCAGAAAGUCGGACCCUAAUUACAGAUGAUCAGCAACGGUCUCCGACGACAGUAUUACGCGUGGCAAAGUUAAAGAGCCGGUUCGCUGACACUAUCCUGAAAGCGAAACCGACAUUACUCUCUCAUGAUUGA